AUGGAAUUGUCAAAUGAAUUAUGUAUUCCCAAUAGAUGUUUAAUAGAAUCAACAAAUAAAUGUAACUGUUCUCAAGAAAAAAUAUCUAUUUAUCAUUUAAAAGAAGAUUCUGAUCAAUGCAAAGAUGAAUCAUUAUGUAUAAAGAAUGAUAUUGAUCAAGUUUCUGAUCGACUUAACAAAUUUCAAAUAAAUGAAACAAAAUUUGUAAAAAAUUUGGAAGAAUGGCGUAAUCAAGCUCAUGAAAUAAUUAAUAAAUAUUGUAAAUUAAAAUAUGAUCAAUAUAUUGAAAUAAUAAAAGAAGAAAUAAAUCAAUCAGAAGAAUUUGUUUAUUCAUUAACUUGUGAUUGUGAUGCAUCAAAAGAUUAUAUUGAUUGGGUUAAAUAUAGAAUUCAAUCAAUUAAUCAACAACUUGAUCAAUUUAAAGAAUUUAAUUCAAAAUAUUCUCCAUUAAAAAUAGAUAAUUCAAUAAUUGAUAUUCCUGAUGGAAUAUCUCAUAUAGAAAAAAAUCUCUCACCAUUAAAAGAUCUUUUUUCUAGUUCAUCAACAAAUUGUCAAACAUCUUAUAUAUUAUCAUCAUCAAAUAUAAUAAAAAAUCAAUCAGAAAAUGAAUCAAGAUUUUAUUUAAAAUCAGCAAAACAAUCUAUUAAAUUUCAAUAUGAUAAUUGGUAUUCAUUAUCUAUAAAUGAAACAUAUUUAUUAUUAUCGGAAAAAUCGAAUUUAUAUUUAAUUGAUAAAUCUUUUAAAAUAGUUAAGAAAAAAUCUUUUUUUCAAAUUGGAAUAAAAGAUAUUUGUUGGUCAAAAAUUCUUUCUCGAUUUAUUUUAAUAUCACCAAUAAAUAUCUAUACUCUUGAUCAAAAAUUAACUUCACUUGAAUUAUCUUCAAUUAAUUUAAUAAAUAAUUAUCGUUGGGAACAUGGAACAUGUUCAGAUAGAAGUUUAUUUAUUUCAACAUUUGGAGAAUAUCCUUUUAUUAUUGAAUAUUAUCUUUUACCAUCUAUUCAAUUAAAUAGACGAUGGCAAACAUCAUUUAUUUGUCAACAUAAUCAAAUAAUUAAUGAUAUCAAAUCAAAUUAUCUUUAUCUUGGAUUAAUUAUUCACAAUGAUAUUAUUAAUAAAAGUCGUCUUGAACUUCGUUCAAUUGAAUCUUUUCAAUCAAUUUAUUCAAUUUAUCUUGGUCAAGGAUGGUCUUAUAGAUGUUCUCCUUAUAAUAAUUCCGAUUGGAUAGUAGUGGAUGGAUAUAAUAAUAGAUUUUUAAAAAUAUCUAAUAGUGGAAUAAUUGAUAAAACGAUUUUUUAUCCAACAAAACCAUUUAAUAUCGUUGAUUGGGGUCAAGAUAAAAUAGCUAUACGAACAAGUGAACAUCUUUAUAUUCAUGAUUGUGAAUGA